AUGCUAUAGUAGAACUUAGAAGAAGAUUCAGAUUGUAUCAUACAGCACUAAGUUAAAUUGAAUAGAUUAGAGAGAUAUGCUAAUUAGGACUUUCUGCUAUAUACAUUGUGGGAGAAGGUAUAUAUUGAUUGUUUAUAAUUUUAAAGUAUAUUUCUAUCGGUAACUAUGGGUACAUGUUGAUGGGAAUUCAAUUCCAACAAAUCGUUUAGGAAGAAGAACAUAUUUGA